CGAAGAGUAAGUAGACGCUACCCUGGCUCAUCUCUCCCCCCUCCUCUCCUGGGUGCUGUGUGACGUCAUCAUCACAAGGAGACGGCUCGCAGAGAAACAUGGCCGCCGGGCCGGGGACUGCGGAUGAGGUUGCGACUCUGUGUUACGAUCAUUACCGCACAAAGCUACCUAAGCAAGGCCUGCCAGAUCCCAGCAGGGAGUGGACUCUGAUGGCGGCGGUCAUACAAGUGGAAGCCGCACAGGGAAAGGAAGACGCCAGGAAAGUUGUCGCUAUGGGAACUGGGACAAAAUGCAUCGGUCAAUCAAAAUUCCGCAAGACGGGUGACAUCCUCCAUGACAGUCACGCAGAGAUAAUUGCCAAGCGGAGCUUUCAGAGGUACCUCCUGCACCAGCUUUCCUUGGCACUGUCUGGCAGCAGAGACUCCGUGUUUGUUCCUGCAGGUGAUUCUGCCACGUGGAUGCUGAAGUCAGAGGUGUCCUUUAUAUUCUUCACCAGUCACACACCUUGUGGAGACGCCUCGAUUAUCCCCGCGGUUCCCCUAGAGGACCAGCUGUGCCCCACCGCCGCGGUGUCAGAAGAGCCGCCAUUGCUUUGUAGCUCUGUGGACAGAGGAUGUAAAAGGAAGUGGGUGACCUGCGAGUCCUCACUCGGUAACAAGAAGAUAAAGCAAGAUGGCGGAGAUGGAGGAAGUGAGAUGAGUGCUGUACCUGGCGCAGAAAAUGAGAGCGCAGUCAGGAAACCCGCGCCUAAAGUCACGGAUGUAUACAGAACUGGAGCCAAGUGUGUUCCCGGGGAGGCUCAGGAUAGUCACGGCCCAGGGGUGGACUAUCACACGGUGGGAGCGCUGCGUGUGAAGCCAGGCCGCGGGGACCGCACGUUAUCCAUGUCUUGCAGUGAUAAGAUGGCUCGGUGGAACGUGGUCGGCUGCCAGGGAGCGCUGCUGGCUCACUUUCUGCAGCAGCCGAUCUACCUGUCCUCCCUUGUGGUCGGGAAGUGUCCGUUCAGUCUGCGGUGUAUGGAGAGGGCCCUUCACAGUAGGUGCCAGCGUGUAACGGGUCUGCCAGAAGGAUUCCGGGUACAUACAGUACAGAUCGCCCAGUCACACGUAAAUUUCCAGCAUGGGAGGGAUGCGCUGAGAACAGCGGACGGCGCGAGGAAGCUCGUCCCUGGUGGCGCAGCUGUUAGUUGGUGUGCAGUACCGGAGCAGCCUCUAGAUGUCACCGCUAACGGGUACAAGCAAGGAACCACCAAAAAAGCAGUUGGAACCCCGCAGUCCAGAUCUCGGAUCUGUAAAGCAGAAUUAUUUAGCACUUUCCGGCAUCUGGUAGAGCGUCUGUCGGAGGAGCAGAUCCCACAUUCACUCAGGGGCAGAGAACUGACGACGUAUCGUGAUUACAAAGAAGCUGCUGUAUCCUACCAGCUGGCCUGGAAGCAGUUACGGGAACAAGCCUUUACCUCCUGGAUCCAGAGCCCGCGGGAGUACCUGGACUUCAGCUGAGACCUACACCACAACCAGCGCUCACUCGUGUCUUCUCAGACGUGCUGUGAGAGAGAAACAGGACCUUGCUCCACGUCAUAUACAAUCCACAGCAAUCUGCUCCUUCCUCGGACCUUUCUUUUAUGGAAAUAAGUUGGACGACUUUAUCCCGGAAUUAUGGACAUUUUGUGACCAAUAAGCUGCGGCUGCACUCUGAGCGUAUUUCCUCCCCAGUACAGCUAGGGGGACAUUUCUAUAAGCCUACCUUAUUGCAUGCACCCCACUCUUCCAUAUCUGCAGGAGAAUGGGGGUUGCAUGUGGUAUGGCGUUCUUACACACAGCUCUUACUCACAGUCUGAGGAGAGGUCAUUGCAACGCUCAUACCGGUGCAACAAGAUACCUACAGCAUAAAACCGCCUCUACCGCCGCAUAAUAGCAGAUCUGCUGCUGUCAGAACCGCCACUAAUAAACGGUAGUGAUGUGAGAUGCGGCCAGAGCGUACAGACCUGUAAUGCAGUUAUCUUAAGGUGGGUACACACUAAUAGAUAUAUCUGCAGAUCAAUUGAUCUGCAGAUAUAUCUAUGGUCGGAUCGGGCAGUGUGUUGAGCAUACACACUGCCCGAUUUGUCGGGGGACUGGCGUCAUGAACUGGGCGGGCGUGGACACGCCCGCCCAGUUCAGCUGUCAAUCAGCGACGCGCCAAUAUAUCAGUAGAUAUAUUGGCCGCCGGCUGUGCUGCGGGGCCGAUGCGAUACGUCUGUGAACGACGGAGUUCACAGACGUCUCGAACGUACACACUGGCCGACGGACCCGCGAUAUAUCGACCGUUCAAGAGAACGGUCAAUAUAUCGGCCAGUGUGUACAGGCCUUUAGUGUCUGUCAGUUAGGCUUUCAGUGCCCAUUAAGGUAACACCCUGGAGCUUACUGAGUCGCAUGCCGCAGCGUCCUUGUGGGUCGCAAUGCUGCUAAAAGCCCCUUCCUUGUGUACAGCCGUGUGUCUCUGUGUGCAGCAACUGAGACGCCAACUAGGACUGUCUGUAGACGCUCAAAUACCGGUUAAUGCGUCUUUAGUAGUGCCAUCGGUAGCUGCUUUUAGCCGCUGUAGCGUAUGGGCUACAUUUUGCAGAAACUACCGGGACCACACACGUGCAGGAGCCCUGAUAGAGCGAAGAGACGGCUCAUACGGUUACUUCAGUCCGAGCACAUCGGAGGACGCGCUUCUUUCUGAGUCUCGGUUCCUGCAUGUGAACAAUGAUACAUCCCGCCAGUACGUCAUUUCUGAUUGCAGCGAUAAGAAAGUACAAUUAUUCAGUGUGAAAUCCUAUCAUUGGUACAUAAACCCCAUAUUAACAAGCUCAUUCCUGUGCUGGGCAUUAACGUACAAUUAUCUGGCCGAUCCACGGAAUAGCGGCAGAUCUCACAGAUAAUUGUAGUGUAUUGUGGCCACCGACCACUAAUUAUUGGUCUGUUAGAAACUGGUCCGAAAGAUCAGGUAAUUAGUCGGCCGCAUCAGAGGAAGUGUUUCCCCCUCAGAGGAGGAACCUAGCUUUGGCGGCCACAUACUGUAACUAUCUCAGUGUCUAGCCACGUUAUCUGACGGGCUUUACCUUGUCAGAUACAUGUCUGACAGUGAACGUUCCGCAUAGGCCAGUUUAGCAUUUAAACUUAAUAUUGUAAUAGAAAAGGAACAAGUUAUAGAAAUCUAACCACAUGCUUGAUCUAAAGAGCUCACAAUCUAAGCCGUUAUCUUAAAUACAACAUAGACAUAAAUAUCAACACAAGACAAGUUCCCCACACAACACCAUUAAUGUACUGAAUUGUUUUAUUUGCAGGAAAGGUGCAUAGUUACAUCUCGGUAAUUACUGAGUAACAAUACCAAUCACUAAUAGUCUGAUACCUAUAACUAAUAAU